UGUAGUUGUCGAACCAGUAACCGAAAAAGCCUCAUUCUGACCAGUACGUCACCCACUCUGCCAAGACCUCACUCACCGCUACCUGGACACAUCGGAAGCAGUCCUUUGGACAGCCCACGUAACUUUUCACCUAGUGGACCCGCCCACUUUUCCUUCGCCUCCUCUAGAAGGGCUGAUGGGCGGAGAUGGUCUUUGGCUUCUCUGCCUUCCUCAGGAUAUGGCACCAAUACACCCAGUUCCACGUCAUCCAGUUCGUCUCAGGAGCGCCUGCACCAGCUCCCCUUUCAGCCGACAAUGGACGAGCUGCACUUUCUGUCGAAGCACUUCGGCAGCACUGAGAGCAUCACCGAUGAUGACGGGGGCCGGCGCUCGCCACACGUCCGCCCUCGCUCUCGCAGCCUCAGCCCGGGGCGCUCUCCAUCCUGUUACGACAAUGAAAUAGUAAUGAUGAACCAUGUCUACAAGGAGCGCUUCCCCAAGGCCACCGCCCAGAUGGAGGACAGGCUGGCCGAGUUCAUCCAGAAUUACUCCCCAGAGAGUGUUCUGCCCCUGGCAGACGGGGUCCUCAGCUUCAUCCACCACCAGAUAGCUGAGUUGUCCCGAGACUGUCUGACCAAAUCACGCGAGGGCCUCAUUACCAGCGUCUACUUCUGUGAGCUGCAGGAGAACCUGGAGAAGCUGCUGCAUGACGCCCAUGAGCGCUCAGAGAGUUCCGAGCUCACCUUCGUCAUUGAGCUUGUCAAAAAACUCUUCAUCAUCAUAUCGCGUCCAGCCAGGCUCCUGGAGUGUUUGGAGUUCAACCCUGAAGAGUUCUACCAUCUACUGGAGGCAGCUGAGGAUCACGCCAAGGAGGGACAACUCAUGAAAGCAGACAUCCCUCGAUACAUAAUCAGCCAGCUGGGCCUGACCCGGGACCCACUGGAAGAAAUCGUUAGUCUUGACAGCUACGACAGCGAGGGUCCACAUACUCCAGAGACUGAUGACUCUGCUGAGGGGAAAGUAAAAGCCAUCAAACCACCGAGUGAAGAAGACUUUCAGAACAUCAAACUAAUCAGCAACGGUGCCUACGGAGCGGUCUACCUUGUGCGCCACAGGGAGACACGUCAGCGUUUUGCCAUGAAGAAAAUCAACAAGCAGAACCUGAUCCUGAGAAACCAGAUCCAGCAGGCCUUUGUGGAGAGAGACAUUCUCACAUUUGCAGAAAACCCUUUUGUCGUGUCCAUGUUCUGUUCCUUUGAAACAAAGCGGCACCUUUGUAUGGUCAUGGAAUACGUUGAGGGGGGUGAUUGUGCCACGUUAUUGAAGAACAUUGGGGCUCUGCCUGUGGAGCUGGCACGCAUGUACUUUGCUGAGACUGUUCUUGCACUGGAGUACCUUCACAACUACGGUAUCGUCCAUAGAGAUCUCAAACCUGACAAUCUGUUGAUCACCUCCAUGGGCCAUAUAAAGCUGACAGACUUCGGCUUGUCUAAGAUGGGUUUAAUGAGCCUUACUACCAACCUGUAUGAGGGGCACAUUGAGAAAGAUGCCAGAGAGUUCCUGGAUAAGCAGGUAUGUGGAACUCCAGAGUAUAUUGCUCCAGAGGUGAUUCUCCGUCAGGGCUACGGGAAGCCGGUUGAUUGGUGGGCCAUGGGCAUCAUCCUCUACGAGUUCCUGGUCGGCUGUGUGCCUUUUUUCGGAGACACUCCAGAGGAGCUGUUUGGGCAGGUCAUUACAGAUGACAUCGUUUGGCCAGAUGGUGAUGACACAUUGCCGACGGAUGCUCAGGCCCUCAUCUCUGCCCUCCUGCAGACAAAUCCACUCAUACGCCUGGGCACAGGUGGUGCAUUUGAGGUAAAGCAGCACUCCUUCUUCACUGAGCUGGACUGGAACAGUUUGCUGAGACAGAAGGCAGAGUUCAUCCCUCACCUGGAGUCAGAGGAGGACACCAGUUACUUUGACACCCGUUCUGAUCGUUAUCACCACAUCAACGCAUACGACGAGGACGACACCAAUGACGACGAGCCGGUGGAGAUCAGACGGUUCUCUUCCUGUUCACCUCGCUUCAGCAAGGUGUACAGCAGCAUGGAACAUCUGUCUCAGCUGGAGCAGAAAGCUACGACCUCUGUAUGCCGUCGGGAGCACAGGGGCCUGCGGGAUGACAUGGCCAAGAGAGAGAGUCUGGGCAGCUUCACUGUGAGGGCUAAGACCUGGAGGACUGGAUCCCCAGAGAUGAAGCGGUUGUCUUGUUCAGAGUUCUUUUACAUGGAAGGGGACGCUAGUCCUCCUCUUGGUGCUCGGCGACGCUUCUCAGCCCUGAUGGAUACACAUCGUUUUGCCUCCCCCCUCGAGGGAGAGCCAGAUUUCCUCUCUCGUCAGACCCCUGCGAAGGCCCGCGGAACCUCACUGGAUGGGACAUGCAUCCCCUCACCCAGUGUUCUGGAGCAGAGGAAAGAAAUCCAUGGAGACAAGCCCACUAAGCAAGGAGAGUCACCAGGAGUAAACACAGGCAUCACUACAGUGUCUCCAGGUCCCGUACCCUCCAGCCGUGAUGUGAUGACCCCUCUUUAUGACCCUCUGGGUCCUAGGGCAACCAAUGACUUAGUCCUCCGCAGGGCGCGUCACCAGCAUUUUUCGGGCGAUGGAGAGAAACGCAAUUCCAGACCAGGCAACAAAGUCAUUAAGUCAGCUUCUGCCACAGCCUUGUCUGUUAUUAUACCAUCAGUGGAGCAGCAUGGUGGUUUCUCUCCACUAGCCAGCCCCAUGUCACCUCAUUCGUUCUCAUCUAACCCAUCAUCCCGCGACUCUUCACCCAGCAGAGACUUCUGUCCUGCAGUCAGUGUACUGCGCUCCCCAAUCACCAUCCAUAGAUCUGGAAAGAAGUACGGUUUUACCCUGAGAGCCAUCAGAGUCUACAUCGGAGACAGCGAUGUCUACAGUGUACAUCAUAUUGUUUGGCAUGUGGAGGAAGGUGGUCCUGCACAGGAAGCUGGCCUCUGUGCUGGUGACCUCAUCACCCAUGUCAACGGGGAGUCUGUGCACGGUCUAGUCCACACCGAAGUGGUAGAACUUAUCCUCAAGAGCGGUAACAAGGUGACAGUGACGACGACACCAUUUGAGAACACUUCCAUCAAAGUGGGUCCUGCCCGUAAGGCCAGCUACAAGUGUAAGAUGGCCCGAAGAAACAAGAGGACUGUGGGCAAGGAUGGCCAGGACAGUAAGAAGCGGAGCUCCUUGUUUCGGAAGAUUACAAAGCAGUCCAAUCUGCUCCACACCAGCCGCAGCCUGUCGUCUCUGAAUCGCUCGCUUUCCUCCAGUGAGAGUCUUCCCGGCUCCCCAACUCACAGCCUGUCUGCCCGCUCACCCACUCAAGGGUACCGCUCUACCCCAGAGCCUUCCUAUCUGGGUGCCUCCUCUCAGAGCAGCUCUCCAGCCUCCAGCACUCCAAAUUCGCCCGCUCCUUCCCAACACAUGAGGCCCAGCUCCCUGCAUGGCCUCUCCCCUAAACUCCACCGCCAGUAUCGAUCUGCCCGCUGUAAGUCUGCCGGUAACAUCCCCUUAUCCCCUCUGGCCCACACUCCCUCACCGACCCAGUCUUCUCCUCCACCCUUGCCGGGUCACACCAUAGGGAGCUCCAACACCACCCAGUCCUUCCCUGCCAAGCAUCACUCUUCACCUCCAGUGGUCCGUCCCAGGCCCAAAAGUGCCGACCCCCCACGCUCGCCUCUUCUCAAACGGGUCCAGUCAGCCGAGAAGUUGGGCUCACCACUGACCCAAUCCAGUUCUACAGGAGGACUGGUGGGUCCGCUGAGGAAGCACAGUCUGGAUGUGCAGCAUUCUGACUACCGUAAGGAUACCUUCAUCUGUGAGCUUGGCCUGCAGAGCCUGAUGGAGACUGAGGGGGAAAAUUUACCUCCUCAUCCCCCACCACUGCCCUCCUCCUCACACUCAACCAUCCCAGAGACGGGUGUCCUGAAGCCCGUGAGAAGACUAGGGCGACAGGAGUCUCCACUUAGCAGGGAAACACUGCUGGCUGGGAGAGAGAGGGAAGAUGUGGGAAAGGAAAAGGAGUUUGAAACAGGGAUAACCAUGGGUCAGAGACAAAGAUCUCCGAGUCGAGCUGGAGUAACAGUGUCUCAGCUAAAUCGAAAAUCUCAUACAAGUGAGUCAUUCUUGUGUUCACAGGCAAACCAAAGCUCCAAACUGCGUCCUCCAAAUACAGACACCAGUAAAUCUCCAAUUCCCAAAAAGAAAGAAGAGCUCUGUGAUCUAAAUGGGCCAGAGAAGAUCAUCCUGGAUCAGGCAGAGUUAAAUGGAAAUCAACAAGACCAGAAAGCAGGCAAGAAUUUGGCAUCUGAUGCUAAAGGUCUUCUGGAGAAAUUGGGGGGAAUAACUGAACCAAAGCAGGCGGAAGACAACAAAAGUAGUCCCAGCAGGACAGGCUUACCCUGUGGUGCCUUCAUGAAGAGCUCUACUACUCCAGAUAAAUCCACUGGCAUGAGCAUGGUAGUGACAGGAGGUGCUUUGACCAUCAACAAACCCUUUAAACCAUCAGGUAUAGGGGAGAACCUGAGAAAACCUGGACUCCAGAGCAAAGAUAUGAGGACUCCAGACCUUGGUUCCAAAAGCCCAAAACUUCCUGGAAGGGUUCUCCCUCCCGUCAUCCCUCCACAUGGGCAGCCCCUCUCACUCAGCAAGAUGAGACAGGGACUUGGGCCUGUCAACUGCUACAGAGGAACUCUUGACUGGGAGGACAAAUGUCGCCUGGAGGUGGUGGAGGAGCAUUCGCCUUCUCCUUCCCCAUCCCCCACAGCUGUAACCCCGUCCCUUUGCGGACCGUCCCUCUGUAAAUCGCGCCCAGUCUCCCCUGGUGAUAAGACUAGCUUUGUCAGCCAGCUGACCACAGUAGCCAAAAAUGUCCUUGGGCCAAUGAAGCUGGGCUCUCAGGACGGAGCCAGGAGCAAAGAUCAGCAGACUAAGGCAGCAGAGGAAAAGCAGGCCGGUACAGUGGCGAAGUCUGACAUUUCCGCUGGAGGUCGAGCGGUUGCCGGAGCUGCAGUAGUGACUCAGAGUCCUGUUAGCUCACCGCUAGAGAAGAUUGGAACAGGUAGCAAAAUGUGACACCACUGGAUCGCUAAAAGGGAUUUUUUGGAAAUAAGAUGCCUUUUUCCUUUUUUUUUUUUGAAAGAACAGUACAACAGAAGUGAAGCACUUAAAACCAAUGCACAUUCCAGUUUCAGAAUACAAGAAAUGUGUUAUUUAUUGAUUCCCUGUCAUUGACCUUGAGUAAAGUAACUCUACUGUAAAGGUACAUAAACUGAUGAUUUUCUAUUAUAAAUCAUUUACUAAGAGGACUUUCAAACAGUGGUGGGCACAGUUAACCUAAAUGUUCAAACCCUAAUCCAACCCCUAAUCCACUAACUACAAAGUUAGCUGUGAUGACACUAAAACCGAUAAACUGCUAAAAUAUUUAGCUGAAGCUACUGACAAAAUUUGCUUUUAUUUUUAAC